AGACCUUGCUUCUAGUAUGCGAGUUAGCCAGCGAGAUCCGAUGCGUGUAUUGUCUCCUACGUAAACACAGCCUCUCACCCUGUUUCAUAAGUCGCCGGCCACGGUGUUCGCCUGAACCACUCACUACUCUCAGGCUGGGUUGCACAGAAUGAGCGUCGUGGUACUCGUCCUGCUGGGACUGCUGACUUUCUUCCUCUACAAGUCAUGGCAGUCAACGCGCAAGAGUUCUCUUCCCCCGGGCCCGGGGCGCCUCCCCAUCAUUGGCAGCGUGCACCGUCUCCCGUUCGGAUACCAGCAGCACGCAUUCUUAGAUUGGAAGAAGACUUAUGGCGAUAUCAUAUAUCUGGAGAUAUUCAAUAAGCCCGCUGUAGUGCUCAACUCGGCCAAGGUCAUGCAAGAGCUGCUGGAUAAACGCGGCUCCAAGUACUCUGGCAGACCACGGAGCGUCCUCAUCUCCGAAAUGAUUGGCAUGACGAACAACGUCACCAUUCUGCCGUACGGAGACCAGUGGCGGCGCCAGCGCCGGUGGUUCCAGACGGCCUUCCAGUCGGCAUCCGCGCUCGAGUCCUACGUACCCCUCCAGCGCUGCGAGUCUGUCCGGCUGCUCUCGGGCAUACUUGACGCGUGGCAGAGCACCCAAGACAAAGCAAGUCGCGACGUCGGCAAGGAGGUGUUCUCGGGAGUCAAGCGUUAUGUAGGCGCGCUGAUGAUGCAGAUCGCCUACGGGCACAGCGUCGCGUCGCUCGACGACGAGUUCGUCGUCCUCUCGGAGCGCGCACUCGCAGGCACUCUCGAAGCGGCCACCUCCGUCGCCUCCCUGGUGGACUUCUUCCCAUUCCUGAGGUACCUCCCGCCAUGGCUUCCUGGCGCGGGUUUCCUCACGAAGGUCGCCGAGGUCCACGAGCUCGUCCGGGUGAUGAUCGACGUGCCAUACGAACGCGUCCAGGCCUCCAUCGCGAAAGGAGCCGCACGGCCGUGCUUCCUCACGUCGCUCCUCGACGAGUAUGCCAAGGACGGGAAGAUGUCGGCGUAUGACGAGGCCGAUGUGAAGGGUGCUGCGAACAUUGUAUACGGAGCGGGAACCGACACGACAGCAACCGUCCUGACGGCCUUCCUGCUCGCCAUCGUCCUGCACCCUGAGGCGCUCAAGAAGGCGCAAGCAGAGAUUGACAGCGUGGUCGGCACAGAGCGGCUGCCCGAGCUCGGGGAUCGCCAGUCGUUGCCGUAUUUCGACGUUUUGCUGAAGGAGGUCUAUCGUUGGCAUCCACCUGUCCCGCUCGUCAUCCCGCGACUGGUGACAGAGGAGGACACAUACCGCUCGUACACGAUCCCAGCAGGCUCUGUGGUCAUGCCGAACAUCUGGGCGAUCACGCGCGACCCGGAGUGCUACCCCGACGCCGACGCGUUCAGGCCCGAGCGGUUCCUCUCCUCGACGCCCGAGCCAGACCCACGGGGUUUCGCGUUCGGAUUCGGGCGACGAUCGUGCCCGGGCCAAGCGUUCGGCGAUUCCUCCGUGUGGCUCGCCGCCGCACGCAUCGUUGCCGCGUUCGACGUCACCAAGGCGCACGAUCCCGCCACCGGCGCGGAGGUCAGCUUCCAGCCCAAGUUCGCGUCGGGCAUGAUCAGCCAUGUGAUGCCAUUCCCGUUCGAGGUGCAGCCGAGGUCGGAGAGGGUUGGUCGGUUGAUUAGGGAGCUAGAGACGGAGGCGUGAGGGGCAGGGCUGGGUGGCCACCAUGUUCGUUAGGAUUGUAUAUUGCUCUUUGAUGACUAUCUCAAUACAUGCUUGGUAAUCCGUGGUCCGUCGACGGGCUUGGGCAUGAACAAGUGCGGUCGGCUCACAGCUGGGCUGACCGCAUGGAUUGGUUGUUUGAGGUUGCGUAGGAGUUGUGCGAGUGGGUGUGGAGCUGGCAGCUUUACACUGUAAGAACAUCAAAUGAGAGGGCGUAGUAUUAUCUAGGCAGCAACACGUGAGCGCAACAUAGCUCAACUGG